ACGGCGUUGGGCUUGUCCCCUUUAUACUACCUACUUUCUACAUCUCCCUUAACUCUUACUAUAAACCGCUCGACGCGUAGUUCUUGACUGCUGGUCAGCUCUAAACAACAUUGAGAUUUACAAAAACUAUACACGAACCUCACAACCAUCCACGAGACAAAAUGGCACUCCUUUCCACAGAGCAUCUGGCUGGUCCAGGCUACAUUAUCCUUAACGUCCAGCGGGGACUGAACAUCAUCGCACUUGCCUCAGUGGUUGCCAGCAGCGUUGUCAUGCUUGUCAAGACCUUCAUCAUUUCAAAGUUCUUCUUUUUCGAUGCGACAAGUCACGUUAUCACCGCUAUCGUUGGCUUGUUCCUCAUCGUGUCUGAGUGCUCGCUCUUCCGCAACUUUUUCGCUCGCAACUGGCCACUUCUUAGUCCUGUCCAUGGUUUCGUGACUUUGGGCUGCGCCAUGAUGGUCCUCGGACUGAAUAUGCUGGGUAACAUGAACAAGGAAGCUACAAGCCAGAAGUCCCUAACGCUUCCCUUCUGGAGACUUCUCGUCGCGUCUGGCAUCCUUGCUAUCGUCAUUGGCUUCUUCAACGUCAUUGCUAGCUACGCUUUCUGCGACCGUGCGCGUGGCAUCACCGCCCGUCGUGUCCGCUCCCGUGGCGCCAUGACGCUGAGCGAAGUCGACGCUGAGUCUCAGCACUACGACUUUGAUCCCAAGCACAAGGCCUUCACCAUUAGCACGCACCACACUGGCAGCACUUCGUCCCGCUCACACAUUGGACAUUCACCACCUAUGCGCAACGGCACACCUCCCAUGCGCAUGGGCACACCACCAGCGAUGGGUGCGCCCACUCCUCGCGUCGACUGUGGCUCUCCCCAGCUCCAACCCCAGCAGUCGACCAAUCGUCUCUCCACCUUCGCAUUUAGCCCCAUUUCCGCCUUCAAGAGCGUGAGGGGUUCCUUCCUCCCCUCGUAUCAUAGCACAUCGCUACCGAAGCCCGGCUUCCUUGGCCACCGUCCCUCGUCUUCCAUCUACUCACGGACCACCUACGGUGGCGAGCCUGCAAAGAAGAAAUUCUGGCAGCGCAUGGCGAGGGAGGAGGAGCCCCAGGUUCCCCAGGUUCCUGCUGAGAUAUCAGGGCCUCUGAAUAUCAACCCUCAGUUCGCGCACUUGGUCAAGCCUAACCUUGCCCACCACCCGAGUGUGAGGAGGCCUGAGGUGGACUUUGACAAGAUCUAGGAUCGUCGGAGAAUGAGGAGACGACAUGAGAAGAGCGUGUAUGACUGUUCAUGAUACCAUUUUCUUUCUGUACAAUUGAGCUUCAACAUUGCAUGGCACGGCAAGGGCAUGGGUGGAGUAACAUGUGAACAACGAUAACUUCAAAUAUUUUUCAGGUUAUCUCUCAACUCCUCAACUGG